AUGGCCGUCUCUCUGGAAGGUUGAGAGAGAAACUUUAAGACAAUAAAAUCUUAAUUAUCGGCCAAAUUUGAAAUAUAUUUAGUUAAAUAAAAGGCAGAAACAUGACAUCAAUACAUUGUGUGGUCCAUCCACUCCCUGGAAGCGAUACACAGCUCAACGAUAGGAUUAGAGAAGUAGCCGAGAGGAUCAGCCAUCAUGGCUUUAAUAGUCCACCUGCCUUCAGCGCCCUCACAAACGUGACAGUCACACAAUGCGCAGUGGGGCCCAACUACAUGGCUUUCUUGUUGGAGGAUGGGCGAGUCUGUAGACUCUCGUAUGGUAUUGCUGUUGACAAACUAGAUUUGAACAAGUCUGAUGGAAAAUCUAAGCCUGUGAGCCGGCCGGAGCGCAGUGAAAGGACUUCGGGAAUCCCCAGCAGGAGUAGCUCUUUGGUGGUAGAGAGUCCGAUGGUCCUGGUCUCUGAUGUGCUGGGGUCUAGUGCAGAUCCUCCCACAGGACGUUGGGGAAGCACCACCACCACAAUAACAGGGUCCACCACCACCCGCAGUCAACCGGCCUACAGCCGCAUGCAGAGGACCGUUCAUGUCAGCCGAGGUCGAAGGUCAGGGGUCAUUGUGGGGAGUAGACCCCUUGUGCCUGCAUCUGUUGUACCAGAGGAUCUGAUAAGUCAGUGUCAAGUGGUCCUACAAGGAAAGUCUCGCAAUUUGAUCAUUAGAGAAUUACAAAGAACUAACUUGGAUGUGAACCAGGCAGUGAACAAUCUCCUGAGUCGUGAUGAUGAGGGUGAGGUGGAGGAUGAUGACAGUCAGGACUCGUACAUGCCGGACGACCUGAUUUCACUCCUGGACGGUGGGAUGCACUCAGAGCACCCCAGCGUCAUCAUUGAUGCAGACACCAUGUACAAUGAGGACGUGUUUGGGUACUCCACACUCAGAAGUAGGGCGUCCAGCACCCGUCCCAGGCUAGGUGACAGGGACCGUGACUUAGAUAGAGAGAGCAGGGAGUCGAUAUUCCGCAUCAGAGAUCGUAGACGCCUGGACACCACACUGAGAGACGAAACGCUGAAGUCACUGGAGCGUGACAAGGCCGAUUCCUUGUUGGAAGGAGAGAACCUGAAAAAACAGGCACUUCCCACACAGACCCCGGUCAACUUUGGGGACGACGUGCAUUUCCUGAUGGAGAAGGAUGGAACCCACUCAACAUUCACCCACAUUGCUGCUAUGCACUCUGACCUGGUUGCCGUGGGAACAGAUGGACAGCUGUACAGCUGGAAAUGGAAUGAGGCAGAACCAUACAAACAGCAUGAUAAUCCCAGUAUUCGUCAUCCCAAGGUGAUUCCACUCGGUCUACAGAAUGAGAGGAUCAUGGGAUUGUCUGCCUGUGGGGUGAGAGCCUCCGUCUUCACUGAGUCCAACAAAGUGGCCACCUGGGUGGAUGACACCCUGAACAGUGUGGCCUCCAAACUAGAACACCCAGCUCAGACCUUCCCAGAGUUCCAAACGGACAAGAUCGUCUCUCUCCACACAUGCUCACUGUACACCUGUGCCAGGCUGGAGAGUAGCGCCCUCUACUGGUGGGGAAUCAUGCCAUUCGGACAGAGGAAAAAAAUGUUAGAGAAAACCAAGAAAAAGAAGAGUAAAGAUGGAUCUGUUUGCAGUGAUAUGGCUGCUGGCUCGCUGGUUUGCCUGAGGAGUUCACCCAUGUACCACAGUGGAGCCCUGGCCUUUGCCACGGUCGAUGGUGUCCCAAAAGUAGGUCAGCUGCUGGAGAGUGCCUGGUCGCUGUCUGAUACGUGUCGCUUCAAAAUCCUCAAACAGACCCCUCUAGAACCCAAACCUGAGGUGAAGAUUGAGGUGAAAUCCUGUGAUGUGAAGCCAGACAUGCCCCCACCCCCCUCUCCAGACUCGUCAACUUGUAGUGACCAUAGCGGCCCCACGCUCAUCAGUACAUCACUCAAGCGCAAAAAGGCACCAACUCCAUUAAAGGACUUUGAGAAAAAGGAUGAGGAAAACUGGCCACUGAAGAAUGUUAUAUUUGUGGAGGAUGUCAAAACUGUGCCCAUGGGCAAAGUUGUGAAGGUAGACGGAGCUUAUGCUGUGGUCAAGUUCCAGUCCCGGGAUGCACUGGAUUCGGGACUUGGGAGGGAGGACCCAGUCAGCAUGCUACAGGACUGUCGGAUACUCAGGAAGGACGAGCUACAGGUGUUGAAGAGUGCCAAUGCCCCCCGCUUGCCUGACUGUUUCCAGAAGACUCCAAAGAAGGUGACCCUGACAGAGAGUGGUCAGAUACUGGCAGUAGCUGUUGAUUGUGAAGGUAUACACCUGAUAGCCAGAUCUGGAUCACGGCUGAGCUACACCAUCUACAAUUUGACGACGGGGAAGGUGGAACAGGAUGCCACAUUUCCGACAGAUGCCCAGACAUUUCUUGGUGAAAACCGUAGCGACAUUACUUUACACAACACAGGAGAUGAGCUGCUGGUCCAGUUACAGGAUGGGAAUGGGGCCCUGUACCCCCUGGCCAAGGACUGUGCAGAGGGCAUACGUGACCCUCUGUGGUUAAACUUGCCCCCGGUCCGUGCGCUUGGAAUCCGGGUCCAGUGUCUGAACCCUGUGGGUAACAACCUGAAGAACAAGGCCUGUAUACUAGUGCUGGCCGUAGAGCACCAGACCCUGAUACCACACAUUCUGCGCUGUGACGUUGAGAAGGUCAAGUCCAUUCUGUUGUCUCUGGAACAGGAGCAAGACUCUGCUGCUGUUCAGAAGAUGCAGCAGGACAUUACAAAGGAGCACUGUGAUGGGAACAGGAACAUCCUCCACACGUGUGUGGCAAUGUGUGCCCCCACCUCAAACAAAGACUAUGACCAGGAGCCUGUCCCACUGUCCACGGCUGCUGCCCCUGGGAACGCCACCACCAGCAGUAGUUCCUUUAGCUCCGCCCUGGAGGCCAUUAAUGCUGUCAGCAGUGCUGUGGAUGCGCUUAACGCCAUCCAGUCACGCACCAGCGACCCCAGCUCUAGAUGUGUGAGCCUGAGGGAGAUGAUGAAGCGAGCAUCGUCAGCAGCUCGAGCUGUCAGUGGUAUUGAUGUGAGAGAGUCAGAAGACAUGUCCAUACCAACCCUUCAGUGGCCUCCUGACCCCCCACCAAGCUAUGACACCCUGCAGCAAGAGCACAACAUUUCGCGCCAGUCAUCAUCCAGUGGUUUGGGUGCCCCCCUGGUGUCUGGAGAGUUCAGCACGGUGUCCAUCCCGCCAGUCAAACUGGAGGAGAAGGAGAGACGUGUCAAUGCCAUGGCCAUUCUCCGCCUCCUGUGUGACUGUCCACAGCUACAGCGCCACUUGGUGGAACUGCUCUCAGCAAGGAAUGCAGAUGGUUGUACAGUGUUCAUGCAGGCGGUGCGCAGCUGUUCCUAUGCAGCAGCAUUAGUGGUGUUGGACACUGCUAAGAGGGUAGCCACCAAUGAGUCAGGCUGGCUGGACCGGGCCACAUUUAUGCAGAUGCUGUACCCCACAGGCUCUAGUUUGGACAACUCCCCCCUACAGAUGUUAUGUUGUAACGACACCUGUAGUUUUACCUGGACGGGAAGGGAACACAUCAAACAGGAUAUCUUUGAGUGUAAGACAUGUGGACUGGUGGGGUCCCUGUGUUGUUGUACCGAGUGUGCCCGCGUUUGUCACAGGGGACACGACUGCAAAAUGAAGCGGACCUCUCCGACAGCUUACUGUGACUGCUGGGAGAAAUGUAAAUGUAAGGCGCUGAUUGCCGGCCAACAACAGCCUCGCUUUGAGUUAUUGAACCGACUGUUGACAGAGACAGACCUGGUCAAGCUGCCCAACAGCAGGGGAGAGAACAUUCUUCUGUUCCUGGUACAGACCGUGGGUAGACAGCUAAUUGAACAGAGGCAGUACCGCCCAAACCGAUCACGGGUCCCCACCUCCAGAAAGGCUAUCCCCCAGGAUCCAGAUGCCGAGAUGCCAGAGCAUGACCUUGAACCUCCACGAUUCAGUCGGCGCUCGCUGGAGCGUAUCCUAAAUGAUUGGACAGCAGUCAAGUCCAUGAUCAGGAGCGGGAUGAAGGGAACCGUUUCACCAGACGUAGUAUACGAGGACCAGCUAUACCUGGACAGUCAGAGUGGGACAGCCAGACUGGACAAGUUCACCCACACCUUGCUGGUCAAGUGCAGCGUAGAGAUGCUGGAUACCUUGUUGACCACAUUGAUCAGAGAAAUGCAGAACGACAACGUCGAGGGAAGGAAGGCGGAGGCCAGGACCGUGACUCGCAGGUUUAUCAGGUCCGUGGCCAGGAUCUUUGUUGUUCUGAACAUCGAGAUGACACCAGCAACAAACAAAAAGAAAAGUUCCAGCAUCACAGCCUGCCAGCCCCUGGUAAGAUGUAAGCGAGCAUUCAAUGCGCUGAUCACUAUUGCUAUCGAGGAGCUGUGUGAGAUUGCCGAUUCUCUGAUUGCCCCGGUCAGGAUGGGGGUUCUUCGCCCCACUGCCCCAUUCACCCUGGCCACUGCUAACAUUGACGCCAUUCAGGGAAGCGAGGAGAUUUUUAACAUUGAUCCCCUGCCCCCCAGGUCCCACCCUGCUGACUCAGAAAACCACUCGGUGUCCUAUAUCUCCCACCCCCGCAUCUCCCAGAGUGAGGCCUCCCAGAGGGGCGGUCAGGAUCGGGAGGACGAUGAGAUGAUGCAGCAGGAGGAGGAGGCUGCAGAAGGAAUGGGUGGUGACGAUGACCAGUCGGAUCACGAGGAUCGAGAUGACCACCAAUCGGAACACUCCGACCAGGACCAGGUGGACAAUGAAGGAGGUGCUGCUGAGAGUGACAUGGACCUUGAUCUACUGGCCGAGUCAGAGAGUGACAGUGAGAGUAGUCAUAGCAACCAAGACAACGUCAGCGUGCAGCGGAGUGCUGUUACUGCGGCAACAGCAGGAUCUGAUGCAGGACUGGGAAGUUUGGCCCACUUUUCUGAGGAUUCCGGAGAAUCGUCCAAUCAGGAAGAAGAUUACGAAAGUGAGGGUGAGCAGAGUAAUGAAGGAAAUGAUGCAGACGAUAUAAAUUACAUCGAUGAACAGCUGGAGAGAUGUCAUACUUCAGGUUCACAUGGACAGAGGACACUACAGGCUCCCCAGACCAUGCAAUGGGCCAUCAGACAGAGGGAGACCCCCGCCGCCCGACCCCCACCUGCCUCGGGAACCACUACCACCACAGGGGGAACUGGUGGUCUGAUUUAUAUUGACCCUGCUACAAUGAGGAGAACCAACACAGUUACCACGGCAACAGUCCACCAUCACCAGGAGAAUCAGGUCACAAUGACGACCACGGCCAGUCAGCUGGCACGGGCCUUCAGUGUGGUGGUCAGGCAGGUGGCGGACCUGUUGACUAUGAUACAGGACUACAACGCCCUGGCUCCCGGCCUGCCCAGAGUCCUGGAGAUUUCUGACCAGGAAGCAAGUGAUUUACAGUGUUACACAGAGAUGCACCUCUCUCUGACCUGGGACUGGUUGAUUGACAUCAUGGACUCCACAGAGGCACAGCUAAGGUUUGGUGCUGCCCUCUGUCACACAACAGACCCAGCCAAUCCAAAUCAUCCGUUCCACUCCAAUUAUGUCCGGAACCUUAGGGAGCGCACCAACCGUGAGGAAAGCCGGAUUCUGCAGGCUCUUGACAGGCGCAGAGCCCGGUUUGGUGCUAUUGGAACUGAUGGUAACCUAGCUCGUCGAGAAUUCCUGAAUUACGCCCUGUCCCUAAUGAGAUCUCACAACGACGAGCACGCUGACUCACUUCCGAGUCUGGAUAUCUCGUCCAUGAGACAUGUGGCCUAUGUGUUUGAUUCCUUGAUUUAUUACAUGAGGAGUGGUAUUGACACAGAUGCCGAUGUCUUCAGAGAUGGAAUAUCUGUCAUCUCUUGGGAUCAUGAUGAAAAUGAGAAUGAUGAACAUGAUGAGGACCCAGUUACAAAUAUGUCCAUGGACAAUGAGAGUGUGGAUGGAGAAUCAGAUGUCACAACCAAAUCCGGCAGGAAGCAUCCAUUCUUCCAUCGAUCUGACUCCACAACCUUCCUUGGCUGUCCUCCACCAGAUCCAUUUCAAACUCCAUUGGUACAGGCUCUUCCAUUGGCUGAUCAGCCACAUCUCCUCCAACCAAAUGCCAGGAGAGAAGAUCUGUUUGGAAUGAUUCGUCAGACUGUGAUACCCUUUAGGUCAUCAUCCGAUAUGAAGUCUGCUCAAAAGAUGUCUGGCAGCAGAAACCAGUUUGACAAGCUUCCAAUCAGAAUGGCUCUCUCUGAGCGUCGCCCAGGCAGCUGCUUGAUUCAGCCAGGAACGUUACCCAUGGCAACAGUUCCUGGUCCACUGAAUCAGCCCGGACCUUCUCAUCUUCCGGAUGUAGCUUUCAGUAGUGCUAGUGUGAUAGUGAAGCCGCCCUCACAAACUUUGUCCACUCAGAUGGCUGCCAGUCAGCAAAGUGUGGACACUAAUUUAGUCAGCAGUAUUCCUCUUCCAGGACAGAGUGCAGAACCUUUUAAGUCCCAUGAAAUGUUAAAUCAAGCCAGUGUUAUUGUACAUUCCAGUGGUGCCCAAGGUCUGCAGGUGCCUGGACCAGCUUAUUCUGGUUCCCCUCUCCCUGACCCCCGGUACGUACCAGGGGACAGGCGUGCUGACCAAGUCAGCCAGGCCAACACCCAAUCAUCAUCACAGGACAGGAGCCUGGACACCCAGUCCCCGUCUAUGGGCUCUCUCCCCACAGAUUCCUCUGGGACCUCCUUGAUGUCCGGGGCUACAACACAGUGUAGUACUGGUGGAACCUCGUCCCUGGCAAAGAGUAGUACAGAGAGCAGUGGAGUGUCCAUGGACGCCUUACAGGGAGCUAUGAUGGAGUCACGGUCCCUACAGUCCCUGUCCUCAGAGAGCAUGUCUGACUCCGCCCCUUUCCCUGACCAGACCCCAGGGCCAUCCACCAUGGAGAUGGCUGACCAGAGACCCCAGUCCUCUAGCGAUGGACCCUCCAUGCAGGCCAGCUACAAUGACUCUCUGCCCCCAAGCUCUGUGGACAAUGGACUAGAUCUUGUGGGAGCUCAUGAGAAUGUGUGUAACACGGUGGACAUAGAAACCUCAGCUGUCCCCCCAGGUCUGGGACCUGUCAGGAUGAAUCCUCUCAGUAAUUUGGUGUCACAUGACGUGUUGCUGGGCCGCUGGCGCUUGGCCCUGGACCUUUUUGGGCGUGUCUUCUGCGAUGAUGUGGGCUCGGAGCCAGGGUCAGUCAUCAGUGAACUCGGGGGUUUCCCUGUCAAGGAAAGCAAGUUCCGGCGAGAAAUGGAGAAAAUCCGAAACUCUCAGCAAAGGGACAUCAUUUUAGAUGUGGAGAGAGACAGAAAUUUGCUGAUCGUGCAGUCUUUCAAACAACUGAACACUCAGUAUAACAGGAGAACCAACACUAGUGGUCCCCCACUGGCUGUACAUAGGGUCAAGGUCACCUUCAAGGACGAGCCAGGGGAGGGAAGUGGAGUCGCUCGGAGCUUCUACACUGCCAUAGCUAACGCUGUUUUGUCGCAAGAGAAGCUUCCUUCCCUGGACGGUGUGCUGAUUGGUGGCAAAAACCUACAGUACAAUUUACUACAAAGAGCCAGAUCAAGGGAAAGGGAGAGAGAGAGACAGCGAACCAGUCUACGUAGGCAGAGGAGCAGGGAGAGGGAUACGCGGCGUAACCUGUCCUACGAUGCCCCGCCCUUCUACAUGCCAGCCGACGCCCCUACCUCCAACAAUAAUCCAAGCUCUGCUGGACCGCCAUCCUCGGACUCCAGCUCGGAUGGGGCCCCUGACACAGUGUCACAGUACCGCAGACAGUUGGGGGAGAGGCUCUACCCUAAAGUUCGGGCACUGCAACCCUCCCUGGCACCCAAGAUUACGGGGAUGUUACUGGAGCUGUCUCCCGCCCAACUGUUACUGAUGCUGACCUCUGAGGAGACACUGAGACAGAGGGUGGAUGAGGCUGUAGAUAUCAUCAUGUCACAUGGGAGGGAGUUGAGUGCAGAGGCCCUUUUAGACUUGGACAUCUUUAAUCUGUCAGCCAAUGACAAGAAGAAGAAAUCGACAGAGCGUAAAACCGAAGUGGAAGAAGAGGAGGAACUUGAAGAUAACAGCCCACUGUUCUGGCAGCCCGGAAAACGGGGCUUCUACUCUCCCCGCCCAGGCAAAAGUGCUCCUGAGAGGCUCAAUGCAUUUAGGAAUGUGGGAAGGAUAAUCGGCCUUUGCUUGUUACAAAAUGAGAUGUGCCCACUGUUCCUGAAUCGCCACGUCCUGAAGUACAUCCUGGGCCGUAAGAUUGGCUGGCAUGACCUGGCCUUCUUUGACCCAGUCAUGUACGAGAGUCUCCGACAGCUGGUCCUGGACUCUGAGCACAAAGACGCCUCCGUCCUCUUUGCUGCCUUGGACAUGAACUUCUUUGUACAACUUGGAGCAGAGGAGGGUGGGGAGGAGGUGGAACUGAUCCCUGGGGGUAAUGAUAUUGAGGUCAACGCCCAAAAUGUCCAUGAUUAUGUGCGGCGCUAUGCAGAGUUCAGAAUGACCAAAGUUCUGGACAAGGCCCUCAAGCACAUAAAGCUGGGCGUGUUUGACGUUAUCCCCAGUAACUCCCUGGAGGGCCUGACUGCCGAGGACCUGAGACUCCUGUUGAAUGGGGUAGGAGACAUCAAUGUCCAGACCCUCAUUAGCUACACCUCCUUCAAUGACGAGAGCGGUGAGAACAACGACAAGGUGCAGAGAUUUAAGCGAUGGUUCUGGUCCGUUGUGGAGAAAAUGAACAACCAGGAAAGACAAGAUCUGGUGUACUUCUGGACGUCCAGUCCAGCUCUUCCUGCUAGUGAGGAGGGAUUUCAGCCGAUGCCCAGCAUCACAAUACGCCCCGCGGACGACGACCAUCUUCCCACGGCCAACACCUGUAUAUCACGGCUAUAUAUACCGCUGUAUUCAUCCAAGGUGGUGCUACGCAGUAAAAUCAUCCUGGCCAUUAAAACAAAGGCAUUUGGAUUUGUGUAGCCUCAGUGUGUCUGACUCACAUUUUAUAUUUAUGACACAUGCACACAUUUGUGAGAAUAGGACAGUUAUUGAGAUUUACUCAGCACUGGAGGAAAGCUUAGAAUGAAUAAAAAAGUACUUUUUAAAGAUUUUACAAGGUCUUACCUUUGAAGAAAUCUUCAGUUUUUCAUAGAGAAAAAUGAAAAAUACGUGUUCUAAUCAUGGUGUUCAAUAUCUUUUUAGUUUUAAAUCUAAUAAAUGUAAUAUGCGAGUCUGUGUGCUUGUAUGUAAUCUGUGAUGUUUGUGUGUUUAUGUAGAAAGCAAAGAGAUGCUGAUGAUAAUUGAAUAAUGUAUCGAUUAAAUCUGAAAGAAUCCAGA